GGCGGGGUCCGGCCUCGUAGCGGGGUCCGGGCGUCGGGGGCCGCGGGCAGGCGGGCGGUGGGCACCGUGCCGGGGCCGCCGGACCACCCGCCUCUCACGCAGAACGUCUGCUCCCGCCUGCAGACCCCGCGUCCGGGCCGCCGAGCGUGAUCAUGGUCUCCAAGUCCGACCAGCUGCUCAUCGUCGUGUCCAUCUUAGAAGGUCGCCAUUUUCCCAAACGUCCAAAGCAUAUGCUUGUGGUGGAAGCCAAGUUCGAUGGAGAGCAGCUGGCCACUGAUCCUGUGGACCACACCAACCAGCCAGAGUUUGCUACAGAGUUGGCCUGGGAGAUUGACAGGAAGGUGCUCCACCAGCACAGGUUACAGCGUACACCUAUCAAACUUCAGUGUUUCGCCCUGGAUCCUUUAUCUUCUGCCAAAGAAACCAUAGGUUACAUUGUUUUGGACUUAAGGACUGCUCAGGAAACUAAGCAGGCACCAAAAUGGUACCAGUUGCUGAGUAAUAAAUACACGAAAUUCAAGUCGGAGAUCCAGAUCAGCAUCGCUUUGGAGACGGAUACGAAGGCGCCGGUCGCUAGCCUGAAAGCAAAGGGAGCCCCGCCCCGGGAUGGCAAAGUGCUUCCUGGCCUGGCCAGGCUGGACCCCAGGGACAUUGUGGUGGUGCUGAAUGAGGAGGGCGGCUACCACCAGGUCGGCCCCGCCGAGCUCUGCACCGACUCCUUCGUUUUAUCCGUGACCAUUGCUUUUGCCACCCAGCUGGAGCAGUUAAUUCCUUGUACCAUGAAGCUUCCGGAAAGACAGCCUGAGUUUUUCUUUUACUAUUCUUUACUGGGAAAUGAUGUUACAAAUGAGCCGUUCAACGAUCUGAUCAACCCCAACUUUGAGCCAGAGCGAGCGUCUGUUCGGAUACGCAGCAGCGUGGAGAUGCUCCGUGCUUACCUGAAUCUUCAGUCUAAACUACAGAUCCAUCUGUGCUGUGGAGACCAGUCCCUGGGGAGCACGGAGGUUCCUUUAACGGGAUUGCUGAAGAGGGGCAGUACAGACAUCCACCAGCACCCAGUCACUGUUGAGGGCGCCUUUACUCUCGACCCUCCCAACCGAGCCAAGCAGAAGCUUGCACCUGUUCCCUUGGAGCUGGCCCCGACUGUGGGCGUGUCUGUGGCUCUACAGAAAGAAGGUGUGGAGUGCCAGUCUUUAAUUGAAUUAAAGACCCAGAAUGGACAUGAACUACAGCAUUCCAAGAAGAGACUUUUAACCCCCAUAGAGGAGAGGACAGUUCCUGGACCCAAAUCACCCAGCAGGUCACCUGCUCCACCUCCCACCCAGUCACCUCCAACUAAAGAUGAUGCAACAGAAAGUGAAGUGGAAAGCUUACAAUACGAUAAAGACACCAAGCCAAAUCCAAAGGCUCUCAAUUCCGUGCCCGCGUCACUGGCUCAGCUGGUGGCCACCACCAAUGCGUCGGAGACUGCUUCAGGGCAGAAGAUUGCUGUUCCCGCAACGGCCCAUCAUUUUUGCUUUUCAAUAGACUUAAGAAGUAUCCAUGACUUGGAAAUCGGUUUUCCAAUCAACUGUAUAUUAAGGUACUCCUACCCAUUCUUCGGAAGUGCUGCUCCUAUUAUGACCAAUCCUCCUGUAGAAGUUCGCAAGAACAUGGAGGUUUUCCUUCCUCAGUCCUACUGUGCGUUCGAUUUCGCCACUAUGCCUCAUCAGCUGCAGGACACCUUCCUACGGAUUCCAUUGCUGGUUGAACUGUGGCACAAGGACAAAAUGAGUAAAGAUUUACUUCUGGGAAUUGCAAGGAUUCAGCUUUCUAAUAUCUUGGCUUCAGAAAAAACACGCUUUUUGGGUUCUAAUGGUGAACAGUGUUGGCGUCAGACUUACAGUGAAAGCGUGCCUGUUAUAGCAGCACAAGGGUCAAACAACAGGAUAGUAGAUCUCUCUUACACGACGACCCUGGAGGAUUACGGAUUGGUAAAAAUGCGUGAGAUUUUCGUCUCUGAUUCAUCCCAGGGUCUGGCCGCCGUGUCCCAGAAGCCCUGCUCCCUGCCUGCAGCCCCCUGUCCUGCUGAGGGCCAGGUGGAGCCUCGAGACACCCUGGAGUACAAGGCGGCCCUGGAGCUGGAGAUGUGGAAGGAGAUGCAGGAAGACAUUUUUGAAAAUCAGCUAAAGCAGAAGGAACUGGCUCACAUGCAAGCUCUUGCAGAGGAAUGGAAGAAAAGAGACCGAGAAAGAGAAUCACUAGUGAAGAAAAAGGUGGCUGAGUAUAAUAUUCUGGAAGGAAAACUUCAAAAAACCCUAAUUGAAUUAGAGAAACGAGAACAGCAGCUUGCCAGUGCUGAAUCAGAGCUUCAAAGAGAAAAAAAGGAACUAGAGUCGGAGCGUGAGCGGAGCCUACAGGAGCUUCAGGACUGUAUCCGGAGGGCCAGGGAAGACUGCGCCCACCAGGUGGAGCUCGAGAGGCUGAGGACCAAGCAGCUGGACGAGGAGAAGCUCCGCCUUCAGCAGCAGCUUAGUGAUUCUGAAAACAAAUACAAGAUUUUGGAAAAAGAAUUCCAACAGUUCAAGGAACAGCAAAGCAACAAACCUGAGGUUCGUCUACAGUCUGAAAUAAAUCUUCUCAACUUGGAAAAGGUUGAACUUGAAAGAAAGUUGGAAUCUGCGACUAAGUCUAAACUGCAUUACAAGCAGCAGUGGGGACGGGCUUUGAAAGAACUUGCCAGACUUAAACAGAAGGAGCAGGAAAGUCAGAUGGCUCGCCUGAAGAAACAGCAGGAGGAGCUGGAGCAGAUGAGGCUGCGCUACCUGGCUGCCGAGGAGAAGGACACCGUCAGAACCGAGCAGCAGGAACUGUUGGAUAUAAGAAAUGAGUUGAACAGGUUGAAACAAGAACAAAAACAGUGCCAGGAGUCCAGAGAGAUUGCAAGAGGGAGACCGGACGGCCCCCACGGCCCGGCACUGGAAGAAGGGCUGGACGACUACCUGACACGCCUCAUUGAGGAGAGGGACACGCUGAUGAGAACGGGUGUGUACAGCCACGAGGACCGCAUCAUCAGUGAGCUUGACCGGCAGAUCCGGGAGGUGCUGGCCAGGAACACUGUAAGCAGUUAGGGUUCUGGGGGGUUCGCCCUACUGCAGCUGCCUGC